AUGAGGAAAGGUCAAACUCGCGAGCUCUUCAGAGCUCAUCGUCUGGGAUUCGAGCGCAGAACGAGCUUCGAUACGAAUACUUUGGAGCCAAUGUUCCAAAUUCGAGCCAAUUCGAAACUGCAAGAGAUGGAGUUGACAGAAUCCAAGGCGCAGUUAAAGGAGUCGAAGAGAGAGUUGGAGAGAUUCAAGAUCAAAGUUGCCAAUCUCGAGGGACAAAUACGAAGACUCAACGCGAAGCAUGACGGUGUUAAUAGAGACCGCGAAACCUUGAAAAGGCAGCUAGCAGUGUCUGAUGAUCGAGUUGAGAGGCUGCGUAAGAAGGUACGUGGGGCCCUGGAUGAUCAUAAUCUAUGA